AUGGCUACUGUAGCAGUCGUGCAGAAAAAAAAAAAGAAGGAAAAAAAAAGGAGGCAACACCUGAGUGAUCAUCAUCAUCAUCAUCAUCAUCAUCAUCAUCAUCAUCAUCAUCCCGUGGUACUGGUGCCUCUUUGUGUUGCAGCGCUGCUCAUAAUUCUGAGUUUGCUCUCCCACCACGCUGUGUUUGUUGUUGGUGGGGGAGGAGAGGAGCACCGUAGACCGGGUGCACUGGUGCCGGGGGUGGCGGUGUUCGGGGACUCGAUCGUGGACACGGGGAACAACAACGCCAUCCUCACCCUCACCAAAUGCAACUUCCCUCCCUACGGCAAAGACUUCGUCGACCACCGACCCUCCGGCAGGUUCUCCAACGGCAGGAUUCCCCCCGAUUUUGUCGCGUCGCUGCUCGGUAUAAAAGAUCUGGUGCCACCUUAUCUUUCUGAAGAUCUGACACCUGAAGAUCUCCUCACUGGAGUAAGCUUCGCAUCUGGCGGCACCGGAUAUGACCCCCUCACCUCACUCCUUGUGGCGGUUAUUCCGAUCUUGGAUCAGCUCAACCUGUUCGACGAAUACAAGCAGAAGUUAACUGAGAUAGCAGGAGAGGAGAAAACAGCGAAUAUCAUCGCCGAGAGCCUGUUUAUCGUUUGCGCGGGAAGCGACGAUAUCGUGAACAAUUGGUUUAUCAACCCCAUUAGAAAGUUACAGUAUGAUCUCCCUUCAUAUGUGGACUUCCUCAUGCAGCAGGCUUCUGAGUUUCUUAAGCAACUAAUCCAACGAGGUGCGAGGAAGAUCGCAGUUUUAGGACUUCCACCACUAGGAUGCUUACCGUCACAAAGAACAAUUGCAGGCGGGUUUCAGAGGAACUGCGAUCCGUCGCGUAACGAAGCUGCGGUGUUGUUCAACUCCGAGUUAUGGAAAGAGAUCGCAAAGCUUCGCGAAGAACUACAAUGCGAGAAGAUCGGUUAUGUCGAUAUCUACAACAUAUUGCUCGAUCUUAUUCAACACCCUUGCAAUUACGGGUUUGAGGAGGCCACUAAGGGAUGCUGUGGAACCGGGGAUUUCGAAGUAUCACUUCUAUGCAAUAGCUUGACGGCAUCGACGUGCGAGAAUGACACGAAGUAUGUAUUCUGGGAUAGCUUUCACCCCACUGAGAAAACCUACAAAAUAAUGGUGGAUUACCUUUUUGAAAGAUUUGUCAAACAUUUAUUGUAAAGAGCAAGUAUGAUACUCCCUGUCACCAUGUCAUAGAUUGGCUUCAAUGAGUUAUCAUUUUGGCCCCAAAUGGCAAUUUCAAGCUACAAUGAAGCUGCACAUAAAUUCAUCUUUUGAGUGGAAAAGCAUAAGAAUCAGAUUCUCUAUGGAAGAUUGUAUGAAGAAAGGAUAAAACCCUGAGGCUUCUUGCUGUGGAAUUGCAUUAAUGAUUUGAAUGGAAAAAUGCAAGCAUAAAUAGUAUUCAUUGAUAAAUUUA